CGAUCUGUAUCAUAACUAGCCUGGUCCUAGAUCUGUAUCGUAACUAGCCUGAUCCUAGAUCUGUAUCAUAACUAGAUCUGUAUCAUAACUAGAUCUGUAUCAUAACUAGAUCAGUAUCAUAACUAACCUGAUCCUAGAUCUGUAUCAUAACUAGAUCUGUAUCAUAACUAACCUGAUCCUAGAUCUGUAGGUCAUCUUUCUCAUGAGUCUCUUAUUAGUAGGUGUCUUAUUUUCCCCUGUACUAAUGGGUUCAGUUAAGCUAUGAACAUAAAUAUUUCCAGCUUUGAACCUUUUCCAUUAUCUCCUCAUCAUAAUACAAUCUCCUGUUUUACAGCUUCAGUGAAGAGGAACCGAUGUGGAAGAGCAGGAUAGAGCAACACAGACAGGAGCUGGACGAGGAGAAGGUUUACAGAGAGGCUCUAAGGAACAGAAUCAUUCCUCCUUAUUUCCACUCAGAGAAAGAAGCAGCUUUUGAGUACUCGGAGGUCCCUGAUAUGAGAUCUCUGUCUCAGGACCUUCCUCCAUUCCCCAAGACUCCCAACUCCCAGAACUACCUCAAGGAUGCCCCUCGAGAGACAGCAGCCCAACGACCUUUGAACCCAACGCCCUCUCACGCAGCAGGAAGUGAUGCACUGCCUAGGAGACCCACCAACCCCACCCCUCAAACUGCAGGGGACGGCUCUCAUGGUGUCUCUACAGUGAAGCAGCAGCAUGGCGGUGGUAUUGAGCCUGACAGUACCCAGGUGGACGUGGCAGGGAACCCACGCAGACACAGAGUCAAGCUGCCAGCCUCCAUCCUCAGCUCCAAACCCUUCAACGUGCCCAACCAGCAGUUCCUGUGUGUAGAGGAGCCGGUGAGGAGGAAGGUGAAGACUGCGUCUGUGACGGGGGGGCAGCUCGUCCCACGGGGGUUUGAGCUCCUCCCAGCAGAGGUCCAGUUUGGGGCCCUUAAGGAGGGCUGCACCUACAGCGUCCCCGUGCUCAUGAAGAACGUGGGCUUCCACACCUGCAGGUUCAGUGUGAAACAGCCGUCCCCUGGUACUGGAAUCAGAGUCAUCUACACCCCUGGACCUGUGGCUGCUGGGAUGAAGACUGAGCUUCAGGUGGAGCUGUGUGCCAUGACUAUAGGUCUGGAGGAGUCUGCAGAGGGAGAGGUCUACAUCUCCCACCACAUCCACAUCAAGACUGAGACUGAGAUCUUCUACCUGCCUGUCUUAGCUACCAUCCUCCCCGAGCGUCUGUAUGACACCAGGACCAAGGAUCAUACCAACGGGCUCCAGACAGGGGUAUCCAAGGUCCGCCUCAUCUCCUCCACCCCCUCAGUCAGACGUGGAGUGGUCCUCCCUCGCAGACCUCUUCUCUCCACCAUCUGAACACUGGAACUAAUCACUCUCUAGAAUGCCCUUCAAGCCAAUCAGAAACCAGUAUUCAACAAUGCCAUGGUAUAAGAACAGGAAGUCAUGUCUAACGGAUGCUAAGGGCUGUUAAGAGUUUUACAAACGUUCACUCCCCACUGAAACGUGAUCUUUUCCUUCCACUUCCAGGUGAAAUUCAAUCAGACGGAUUGAGACAACUUAUAUAAAACUACUUUCAUCGUGCUUUGGUGUUUUAGUCACAUACUGCCGUUGUUCGAUGGCUGUUGAAUAGAAUACAAUGAAUCUUAGCAAUAAAGAACCGUG